AUGAAUGAAUCUAAAAUUAUAUCCGCCGAGCCACCCGGGCUGCAUCAUCAGCUGCCGAUGCUGAUGCCGGACGGAACGAUGCGUAACAGCUCUUGGACGGAUCUGUUGAACUACACCUUCGAAAAUGAGGCUCUCUACCACGUCAACACAUCGACCAUCGAGCGGAUCGUCUCCAUGAUGGUGCCGGUGUUCUUCGGCUUCAUUGGCCUCGCUGGGUUGCUCGGCAAUGGAUUAGUUGUGCUAGUGGUAGCCGCGAACCAAAGUAUGCGAUCGACCACCAACUUGCUGAUCAUCAACCUAGCCGCCGCGGAUCUGCUGUUCGUCGUAUUUUGCGUGCCUUUCACCGCCGUCGACUACGUUUUGCCGGAAUGGCCGUUCGGAGAAUAUUGGUGCAAAUUUGUCCAGUACAUGAUCGUUGUCACGGCACAUGCCAGCGCGUACACGCUCGUCCUGAUGUCGCUGGAUCGAUUCCUGGCCGUGGUACAUCCCAUUACCAGCAUGUCGAUUCGGACGGAACGAAAUGCUUCGAUCGCCAUCUGUUUGACGUGGUUUGUCAUCCUAACGACCGCCAUACCGGUGGCCAUUUCGCACGGUGUGCUGUUCUAUCCACGCCAGGGCGGCUACUACACGGCAUGCCUUUUCCUGCACAAUGAGGGCUACAGCUUAGUUGCGUUCCAUGUGUCAUUUUUCCUGUCAUCGUACGUGGUACCACUGUCACUAAUAUCGUUCCUGUACAUGGGGAUGCUGGCACGCCUGUGGAAGGGUGCCCCCGGAGGUCGCGCAUCAGCCGAAUCCAGACGGGGCAAGAAGCGUGUAACGCGGAUGGUCGUCGUUGUCGUGCUGGUAUUCGCCUUCUGCUGGUGCCCCAUACAGGUGAUCCUGCUACUGAAGUCGCUGAAGCUGUACGAUCUGACCCACGCCAGCAUCAUCUUUCAGAUCGUGUCGCACGUGCUGGCCUACACCAACUCCUGCAUCAACCCGGUACUGUACGCCUUCCUGUCGGACAACUUCCGGAAAGCGUUCCGCAAGGUCGUGUGGUGCGGUAAGCCACCGCCACCGAACAUCCCGCCUGCCGCACAGACGAAAACGACGCGCACCACCGGCAACGGCACGUCGAACGCGGACGCGUUAUGA